UCCUUUGUGCGUAGCCGCUGUGCUGGAUGACAGCUAUCCGGCGCCGAAACACCGAUAGACACUCAGACGAAAGAGCCAUGGCGGCCACGGGUGGAGGGAAAAUUAGAAGCAGGAGAUAUCAUAUCGCCUCUAAACCAUACGCCAAGAGUAAACAGCAGUCAGGCCUCAUCAGUCGAGUAACAGACACAGUUAAGAGCAUCGUUCCUUCCUGGCUGCAGAAAUACUUCAAGACUGAAGAUGCUCCUGAAGGAGGAGGAGCUCUACUGGUGACCGACCAGAACUGCCAGUCACCUCCUCCUAAUGGCAGCGAAGAGGGACCUCCUCUGCUUGAUGGACGUGACUCCCCAGAACCAAGCACCAGUAACACAGAGCCCGCAACCAGCCGGGCGUCCCUGAACUUUCAGGAAUAUGUGCUUUCUCGACCUCCGCUGAGUCGUUCCCACCUCCACUUUCCCCCGCUGGAUGCCUCCUCACCGACCCUGGGGGUCUCCAGCAGCCUCUUCUCCCAACCAUCCACCUCUUCAGCCCCUGGACCCUUUUCCACAGGCUUCUCCUUGGUCAAAGAAAUCAAGGACAACCUCUCUCAGCAUGAAGAUGAUAACAUCUCUACCACUAGCGGCUUCUCCUCCCGCGCCUCAGAAAAAGAUGUCCCUACUUCCAAAACGGCAUCACUUCCCCAACUUUGGUCCCCAGAGACGGACAGAACACACUCUGGGCCUCAUCAUGCCCAGUCCAGUCUGAAAAGGCCUGCUUUCAACCUGUCUGUAUUUGGAUCUUCCUCCAAUUCGUCAUUAAACAGCACAGUGCUAAACUCCAGCCAGCUCGGAGAUUCUCCCUUCUACCCCGGGAAGACCAUGUAUGGUGGGGCAGCUGCAGUCAGGAGCACUCGUGGUCGUCCUGGAACGCCGUACCAGGCCCCAGUGAGGCGACAGAUCAAGGCCAAGCCUGCUGGUGCUCAGCCCUGUGGGGUGACCAGUGCCACAGCAAGACGCAUCCUUCAGUCCUUGGAGCGCAUGUCCAGCCCGCUGGCUGAUGCCAGGAGAAUCCCAUCUGCAGCCUCAUCACCCCUGUCAGCAUCAAUGGACGGCACAAAUCUAGAUGUUUCACAUUUCCAGUCGAAAAAGAAACGUAUGGAUACCUCCCUCCCACCGGUGCAGAAGCUGGUGGUUCCUGCUGCAGCGUCGGUGUCAGGAAACCGCUCUGUGUCCUUCAGGCCUACUUUGACUCCUGGAGGAGUGAGCCGAACUCUGGACAGGACCCCAAGAGAGACGCCCACAAGACAAUCACCGCAACUACCUGAAGCAACCCCGGGUCCAUCUCGAAGCACAAUGGGUUCCAGUGUCCCAGCCUAUCCUCUGUCCAGCACGCCUGCAGCCAGCAGCGUCGGCUCUGGAGGGGGCAAGAUGAAGAGAGAAAGGAUGAGUGCACGGCCUUCCUCUAAACGCCCUGAUGAGGAAGAGAUGGCGGAGCCCUCGGACCUACCAGACAUUUCCCUUCCCAUCAGCAACUCCGCUUUGCCCUUCUUCAGCUUCUCCACUCUUCCACCUGUCGCGCCCUCCACCACCAUCAGCCCGACCCCUAACCUCACGCCCAUAACUCCUGUUAAGGAAACAGUCACAAAUAAGGAGCCACCAACUGCCUCGACACCUCCUUGUGUACCUUUUACAUUUUCCUCCCCUAUUGUCAAAGCAACUGCUGCUAGUCCUCCUUCAUUUUCCCCCUCAGCUGGAUUCACUUUUAGUGCACCUGUAGCAAAGUUGGGUCCCUCCAUGUCAAAUGGGAAGCUGGCCUCUCCCAUAGCAGCAGUGAAGUUAGCAACAAGCAAAAGCACAGAAGAUUUUGAAGGACCUUUCAAACCAGCCAAGACCCUGAAGCAGGGCAGUGUGCUGGAUCUUCUCAAAGCACCUGGCUUUGCCUCUCCUGUUGCUCGGAAUUCCCCAACCCCAGACAACUCUCCGCUACAGAGCUCCACACAAUCCACGGCCCCCUCCUCCGACACCACAAUCACCUCCCUCUCUUCAACAGGGUUCGGCAAUGCGUUCAAAGCCCCACCAGGCUGGAGCUGUGAUUCAUGCAUGGUGCAGAACAAGCCAUCAGAUACCAAGUGUGUUUGCUGUAUGGCCUCACAGCCCAAUUCCUCCUCAUCCAAAUCUAUGGACAGUAAAUCUUUAACGGCCACCUUGGUUGGGCUUGACAGCAGCAGCAGCACCUCCACCACUACAACCUCUGCAGGUUUCGGCACAAUGUUCUCCAAAUCUGCAGGAACUUGGGACUGUGAUACGUGUCUUGUUCUAAACAAACCUGAUGCAGUAAAGUGUGUGGCCUGCGAAACUGCCAAACCUGGUACAGGGCUUAAACCCUCAACAACUCUUCCUUCUGCCUUCUCAGCUGUUAAGACUGUAUCCCCACCCACAGCUCCUGUUUCUACAGGCUUCACUGGAUUUGGAGAGAAGUUCAAAAAACCUGAGGGUGCAUGGGCAUGUGAUACGUGUUUGGUAGAAAACAAGGCAGAGGAGACAAAGUGUGUGGCCUGCAUGAGCGCUAAACCAGGAGCUUCAGCAGGAGCCUCUUCCUCAGCCAGCAGUGCUCCAGUGUUUGGGUUGGGAGAUGCGUUCAAGAAGACGGAGGGUGCCUGGGAAUGUGAUGUCUGUCUCGUAGAGAAUAAAGCUGCUGAUGUACGGUGUGUUGCCUGUCAGACAGCCAAACCUGGAGCUAACGUGGAGCUCAAAGCUUUUGUUUCGUCUUUUGGUUCGUCAGCUGAUGGACCCUCAGGCACUAGUUCUGGAGGUUUUAAGUUUGGCACUACAGACAGUACCUUGGGAUCUGGAUCUGGAGGUUUCAAGUUUGGAGGCUCAUUGACAGAUUCCUCUUCUUCAUCAUCCGGUGGAUUCAAAUUUGGGGUCCCAUUUGGAAGCUCCUCAUCAGAAGCCACUUCUAAUGACACUACUGCCUCAUCAGAGUUGAAGUUUGGCAGCUCAUCUGAGGGCUUUAAAUUUGGGGCUGCCUCUAGUGAUGACAAAAAGUCAGACCCACCUGCCGCAAGUUCUGGGUUUAAGUUUGGAGCCAGCGGUGGGAUAGCGUUUGGAACUGGAUCAUCUAGCACAGAAAGUAACUCUUCUAAGGGCGGCUUCACCUUUGGACUGUCAAAACCCGAAGAGAAAACAGCAGACACCACCUCAUCCUCAGUUAGUUUCACUGCUUCCUCACAAGAGAAAAGUGACAGUGCAGCAUCAUCAAAUGACACCACAUCCACAAACUCAACCACCACCACAACGACCACCACCGGGUCUGUAUUUGGGAGAUUGGGCGAGCGUAGUUCGGUAACCACCACACCACAAGGGGGCUCCACAUUUGGAUCCUUACAGGCAGACAAAGAGCCAGCUGCUCCCACGUUUCCCUUUGGGAAGCCUGAAGAAAAGAAGGAAGCCACUGCCUCAUCGGCUCCGUCUGCCUUCCUCUUCGGUUCUGCUAGUAAAGAUGCAGAUGCUGCAUCAGCAGCGGCUGCUUCUGGAGGCUUUGCCUUCAGUAAGCCCAGUGCUGCAACAGAAAAACCUCCACCCCCAUAUAGUUUUGGCAAGCCAACAGAUAAGAGUGAAACAUCCGCUGCAGAGGCCCCAAAUCCGUCUUUUACAUUUGGACAAAGUGCUACAGAUUCUUCUGCUGCUCCAAAACCUGCAUUUUCCUUUAUGGCUAAUAAUCCCACCAACAUCGUCAACUCCACCACCUCUACAUCCACCACCCCGACGCCCAGUCUGUUCGGCUCCACAACUACCAGCAGCAGCUCCACUCAGGCUCCCGCUCCUUUUGCUGCUCCUAGCACUUUAAUGUUUGGUCAGUCUGCUGCAACCUCCAGUGACGCUCCUCCAGCUAAAGCCUAUGUCUUCGGUCAGAGUCAGGACAGCCAGUCGCCUGCCCCGUCAGCUGCUAUUUUGAACUCGAUUCCAGCCCCAGCUCAGCCCUUCGUCUUCGGUGCCCCUGCCGCUGCUGCUGCGCCUCCUCCUCCUGCUGCUGCUGCUGCUCCAUCCUUCGGCUUUGGAACAGCAGCACCCUCUGCUGCUUCCUCUUCAGCUUCCUCUGCAGCUCCCUCUCCAUUUGCAUUCAGCUCGGCCCCCUCUGGUGCAUUCGGGGCCAACCAGACUCCUUCAUUCGGUUCAUCCUUUGGAUCCCCCUUCGCGGCCGCACCAUCCCAGCCCCCAGCAUUUGGAGCCAAACCCAACACCGCCCCUGUCUUUGGACAGCAGACCAACUCCACUCCUGUCUUUGGGGCAUCUGCUAAUUCUGCACCAGGUGUAGGCUUUCAGUUUGGAGGAGCCAGUGCAUUUGGAGCCUCAAACAACACCUCAGGAGGAGUGUUUACUUUUGGAGGGGGACCUGCAGCUUCCCCUGUCCCCCCUGCCAACCCCUCCAUCGUGCACCAGGCAGGACCACCUGGAGGUGGAUUCAACUUUUCACAACCCCCCGCAUUCAAUAUUGGGUCUGCGAAAACCUUCAACGCCUCUCCUGCUGGACAACAAGUGAUUGCUGGGCGCAAGAUCAAGACAGCAGUGCGCCGCAGAAAGUAGAGCCCUGUGGACUCGACUAUAAAGUAGACUUGACUUUUGACUUGACUGUAUCCCCACUGAAGGCUGAAUAAAGUCCUGGAAGUUCUCAGCUAGACAAACACUGAAAUGACUUGGCAUGUGAAGAAGGGCAGAGGCUUGGUGCCAUUUAGUGCUUGAGCUGGACGGGUGGGCGUGUUUGAGCUGAAGGCUGGGCUGAUUAUUCAGAGGUUUCACAUGUAGACCGUGAAAUACGUUAAUAUGUGAGACGGAUCCCGCAAGACUUCACAUGAAAAAACUGUUGACUGAACAAUGAAAAAACGUAGACUUAGAAGACAACAAUCAAGCAAGGACCCCCUGCGCAACAUGAUGAAACAGUCGUAUCUAUAUUUUCAACACUGGCAAAUGUCUGCUAGACUUUAGGCAUGACUUUUUGUAAUACAUUUACAAAGGCAAAAACUG